CUUUAUAAGGAACACCCGGUCCCCAUGAUGAUCUCAAACGUGGCCACGAUGCACGCACUGCUGUUCCUGGUUAUCUUCGAUUCGACGAUAUUCUCCGCGAUUUCUGGAUAUGUCUUGUCCGAUUAUCGAGAAAGAAUCGUCUCGGAGUCAGCGGGAUUCCCGGGGCCGGCUGAAUCCAGGAUUAUUGGAGGGAAGAGGAUCGGCAUAGAGGAAUAUCCAUUUGCGGUCUCAUUGCAGAACAAUGGUACAUUUUUCGGUCACCAAGUCGAGCAUUUCUGCGGCGGCGGUAUCAUCGGCGAGAAGUGGAUACUAACGUCGGCGCAGUGCGCCCUCAGGAUACGAGUGAAAGCAUUUCACGUGAGAGCAGGCACGUCGCGUUAUUACGAGGGUGGUGACAUUUAUAGUGUCCAAAGUGUCGUGAUACAUCCUGCCUUUAACGCAAUUAAUUACGACUACGACGUUGGUCUCGUUGAGCUUUCGGACAAAAUAAAAUACGAUGACACGAAGCAACCAAUUCAACUGCCCAAAAUACAUUCGAUGAUCGACGACGACUCGUUAGUUAGUGUUCUCGGUUGGGGUGCGUACCAGUUAUUCGGCCCCGUCUCGAACGAACUUCUAUUCGGCACGAUGCGGAAAAUUAAUAACCAGAACUGCGAAGAAGCGAAUGGCGGUGACUUAUUAACCAACAGGAUGUUUUGCGCCUUAUCGGACACCGCUAGACUCUGCGUCGGGGAUUCUGGCUCGCCUCUCAUUUUUCAGAACAGGUUAUUCGGAGUAGCAUCGUGGAGCCGAUCAUGCGACGGCCGGUAUCCAACUACCUUCACAGCCAUAGCUGAACUAAAAGAUUGGAUCAGCAACGUAACCUGUAUAUCUUGAUUCCUCGCCUACGAGAUUGCAAGGAGAUCCAUGAUGUAUCACAAUCCACCUCGAACAUUCCCUGCAUUAUAGCGCAACUUUCUUCAUAAUGUUUUCGAAUAACUUCAAGUAAACUGCAGAUCUUGUAGCCGUGAAUUUUGAAAUUGAGAGGGAAAAAUAACGAGGGAAACGUGAAUUUUUCAGCAGAAACA